CCCUAACUGAGCCUUGGCCCUUGGCGCCCCCCGGCUGUUGGAAGCAGAUACUUAUACGAACGUUGUGUCCAUUCCUUGGACGGAAGGUGACCAUGGUGGAAAUUAAAACGGCCAAGACUCGCAAGGGUAAACGGGAGCUUGAGAAGCGUGCUCCCAAACUCGUCGAAUCGGGGAAGAAGACACUUAUAUUGCACGGGACGAAGACAAGCAGCGUAUUAAAUGCCGUGCUUUCAGAAAUCUAUCACCUUAAGAAGGAAAGUGCUGUAAAAUAUAGCCGCAAGAACGACAACAUCAAGCCAUUCGAAAGCGGUGGCGAUACUUCUUUGGAAUUCUUUUCACUUAAGACGGAUUGUAGCAUUUUCGUGUAUGGAUCUCACUCGAAGAAGCGACCAAAUAACCUUGUGAUUGGGAGAACUUACGAUCACCAUAUCUAUGAUCUAGUAGAAGUUGGGGUUGAAAAUUUUAAAUCCAUGGAAUCAUUCUCUUAUGACAAGAAGCUAGCACCCAGAGAAGGGUCAAAGCCUUUCAUUACUUUCAUUGGAGAAGGAUUCGAGAAUGUGGAAGAGCUUAAACAUCUGAAGGAAGUCUUACUUGAUCUUUUUCGGGGAGAGGUUGUGGAGAAUAUAAAUCUUGCUGGAUUGGACCGUGCAUAUGUAUUUACUGCCCUGUCUUCAAAUAGGGUGUACCUUACACACUGUGCGUUGAGGCUGAAAAAGUCAGGCACCAUCGUGCCAAGAAUGGAAUUAGUAGAAGUUGGCCCUUCCAUGGAUUUUGUUGUUCGUCGGCAUCGUCCUCCAAAUGAAAGUUUAAGGAAGGAAGCCAUGAAAACUACAAGGGAGAAACCAAAGAAAAAGGAGAAAAACGUUAAGAAGGAUGCAAUAGAGGGCAAGAUUGGAAAUAUAUACAUCCCUGAUCAGAAGAUUGGAGAAAUGGCUUUACCAAAUAAAGCAAAAGGAGUGAAGAGGGAACGCAGAGAAGCCAAAUUGAAAAAUGCAAGUGGUGAACAUGAACAUGCAUUGAAAAGGAAGAAGGAAGAUCUUUAAAUCAUAACUCACUCUAAUGGAGGAGUUGUUGGUUGUGUUUUCUUUUUUCUGGCAUUGUGGGUUAUCCCUUACUUUGCCAACAGUUUUGCUGUAGUCUACCAAAUGAUUAACUUAAAAUCAGUUUCUGAACAAUAUAAGCAAACGGAAGGAACGUGAAUUUGUUGAGCAUGCAACAGAGUCAUUGGAGAAGGAGACUUUAUUGGCGAGUCCACCCAAGAGAUCUUUGGAGGCUGGCAAAAAUUUCGCCUUUCCUGACGCUUGGUGGAGCAGAUUCUCCAGUGGCACGUAAAGUUGCAAGCUUUCUUUCCCUUUCAAUUAAACUUGUUUUAUACCUCUGUACCUUUGAAGAGGAGAAUGAGCUCAUUACUGAAUAUUUCUUGGCUUACGGCGUCUAUGUUUCAACUUUUAAGUUGCUUGAUCUAAUUCUCUCGUACCGCGUUCUUUCUCAAA